AUGGGCAAGAGAAGACGUGGUCCUUCUCUCGAGGAGCUCCUGGAUCGUCCCUGGUGCUAUUACUGCGAGCGCGACUUCGAUGAUUUGAAGAUUCUCAUCUCUCAUCAGAAGGCUAAGCAUUACAAAUGUGACAACUGUGGUCGCAGACUGAAUACCGCCGGAGGUCUUUCCGUUCAUUUGAGCCAGGUCCAUAAGGAGCAAUUGACCCAGGUCGCCAAUGCGCUGCCAAAUCGUAUGGGCCCUGACGUUGAGAUCUUUGGCAUGGAGGGCAUUCCCCAAGACGUCCUUGUUGCUCACCAGCAGCGUGUCGCUUCACAGUUCCAACAAGCCGAGCUGGAUCGCCAGCAUGCGACAGGGAAUCCUCCUGCCGGCGCUCCGGCUGCCGGUGCCCCCGCGGCGAGGAGACCCAAACUCGAUAUGGACGAGAUGAAGAAGCGUUUGGCCGAGCAUAAGGCAAAGCGUGCAGAGGCGCUUGCCGGAGGUAGCAGCGGUGACGUGACCCCCAAUGCUUCCGUUCAGUCCAGCACCACACCCAGUGGAUACGCGCAAUCGUCUCAGGUCGCAGCUGCGCCUGCUCAGCAGUAUUCUUAUCCUCCGCCUUACGGUGGGCCCCCCGCCGCUGUGGCAUCUCCUUACCCGCAGACCGGUAGUCCUGUCUAUGCAACUUACUCACCAGCUGCCGGUGCUUCGCCUUACACUCCGUCAAUGUACCCCCAGCCGUACCCCGCCGCGCUUCCGCAGUCCUUCCCGCCCGGAUUUCCCGCGCCGCCCCUGGCCACGUACGGAGCUCCUGCUUUCACUCCCCAGCAAGCGCCACCUUCAGAUAUCAGACACUCGGGCCUACCGGCUGCCUCGAGCCUUCCCCAGCGUCCUGCUUUUGCUGCUCCCCCAGUCAACGCUGCCCAGAUGCAGCAGAUGCAUAUGGGACACCUGCCUCAGGCGCCCGUAGCUUCGAGUCCUUCUAACGGAGAUAGCGCCCAAGCAACCGAACAAGUCUCCACGCCUGUCGACCGUCAGACCUCAGAUGCACCCAAGGGCGCCGACGGGAAGACAGUGAAUGGUACCAAGCCCAAGAAGGAAACACGACUUGUUUACAACGAAGAAACACUUAGCCCGGAGGAGAAGAAGGCUCAGCUUCCGAAGUACGCAUUCGUCCCUGACAAGAGCAUUCCAACUGCCCUUGGCGAGCUUCCCGGCAACGCAGUCGUGGGCACCAUCCGGGAUUCCGACACGGUGAUUGAUCCGGUCCGCUAA